AUGCAAGCCGACACAUUGUACGUAAAGAUGAAGGGUACUGUUUUGAAGCAGCCCACACCCGGCAGAUCAGAGGUAACUCGAAUUCAGGGUUCAAACGUGAAGGCUUUACAGAAUGUCAGAUCCAUGGCAGGCAUUGGCAGUUUUAGGAUGUCAUAG